AUGUCAGGCAGGAAGAAGGCGCUCCUUAAGGUGAUUAUACUCGGUGAUUCCGGUGUAGGCAAGACAUCGUUGAUGAAUCAGUACGUUAAUCGAAGAUUCAGCAAUCAAUAUAAGGCCACAAUAGGUGCGGAUUUCCUUACUAGAGAUGUGCAAAUUGAUGACCUAUAUGGACAAUCUGCAGGACAGGAGCGCUUCAUCCUUGGUGUCGCCUUCCUAGCCGUCGGUGCUGACUUGUUGUGUUGGCUUUUGAUCCCACGUGAUCCAGAAAACUUUCCUUUUGUGCUUCUCGGAAACAAAGUGGAUUUAGAAGCGCAGCGAGCUGUGAGUUCGAAACGGGCACAGUCGUGGUGUCAGUCCAAGAAUAACAUUCCAUACUAUGAGGUGUCUGCAAAAGAAGCAGUGAAUGUAGAGGCUGCUUUCCAAGCAAUUGCGCGCGAUGCACUCGCGAGAGAGGCUCAGGUCAGAUUUUGGGUUUAUUCUUACCAGUUUUUUCUUUCUUAUUGGGCGUGUAGGAACACGGUGCUUCAAUUCAGUGUUAGUAAUUCUCAUUCUCUUUCUUAG